AUAUAUAACCCAUACCUUGGUGGCGUGUGUGGUCUUCUCCUUUCUCCCUGCGUGGAUGCUACUCUCUCCUCCGGUUCUUUGAUUUGUCUUUCUCCUCUCCUUACCUCUCUUACCUGGACCUAAACAUGGCUUACAGACUUUCAGGGCCGAGGAGCUACUCUACUUCCACCAUGACUGAACGCUUUGACUGUUACUAUUGCCGUGACAACCUGCAUGGGAAGAAGUAUGUGAUGAAGGAUGAGAAGCACGUGUGUACAAAGUGCUUCGACAAGCUCUGUGCCAACACAUGCGCCGAAUGCCGUCGCCCCAUUGGGGCUGAUGCCAAGGAGCUGAACCAUAAGAACCGUCACUGGCACGAGGACUGCUUCCGCUGUGCCAAGUGCUACAAGCCCCUGGCUAACGAGCCCUUCGGCGCCAGGGACGACGGCAAGAUCAUGUGUGGCACGUGUGGCUCCCGCGAGGAUGGCAACCGGUGCCAGGCCUGCUACAAGGUGGUCAUGCCAGGCACCCAGAAUGUGGAGUAUAAGAACAAGGUGUGGCAUGAGGAGUGCUUCACCUGCUUCGAGUGCAAGCAACCAAUCCGCUCGCAGAGUUUCCUGAACAAGGGCGACGACAUAUUCUGCGGCCCGUGCCACGAGAAGAAAUUUGCCAAGAAAUGCUUCCACUGCAAGCAGCCCAUCACCUCAGGUGGUAUAAGCUACCAGGACCAGCCCUGGCACUCAGAGUGCUUUGUGUGUCGUACAUGCCGUAAGGGCCUGGCCGGAACGCGCUUCACCUCCCAUGAGGAGCAUGUCUACUGUGUGGACUGCUACAAGACCUCCGUGGCCAAGCAGUGCAACGGCUGCAAGAAUCCCAUCACAGGGUUUGGCCAUGGGACCAACGUGGUGAACUACGAGGGUCACUCCUGGCACGAGUACUGCUUCAAUUGCAAGAAAUGCUCCCUCUCCCUGGCCAACAAGCGCUUCGUCAUCAACGGAGAGGACAUCUACUGCCCUGACUGUGCUAAGAAGCUGUGAGCAUAGCCAGCAACGUGCCCUGUCUCAUUCAUGUUGGGGGCAGAACAUAAACGGGAUAAGCCAACUAACUCCAAUUAAGUGGCCAAUCAAGGUUUAAAAGAGAAAGUAUGUAUUAGGUUAAUCACCUGAAUGAAAUCUAACAGCAGUUGAAUAUGAAUCUUGUUCCACUGUUUUCUGUCAUUGUUGAAUACUAACACACCAAGUGGUUUGUUUUUCUUGGCCUACAAUAUGUAAUACUAACAAGCUUGGGUCAAAUUCAGAACUCUGCAUAAUCAUUGGGGAAUGCCCUUUUUAGUUCCUUACUGGAACAGUAAUAAUGGCUGUUACAUGCUUCCUGAAUCAUAUACUAGCUAAAUAAUCAGUCAUGGUGUCUCUGAAGUGAUGUGUUUGAAGAGCUGUUGACAGUUUUGCGUAUAGUGCUUCAAUAAUCAGUAUGGACAAACUAGGUCUUUGUAGGUAUCAAAGUGUUAUGCUCAGAGUCUAAAUCAUGUACUCAGCUUUUUGAAGUGAAGUUUAGGAUGUGAAUGCACAUUAUUGCUCAAUAAAGGUAAGCGCCAAAAUUGUGUUUAUUUCCCUCUG